AUGUCUAAGAAAUAUGACCUAUAAAGAAUCAAAUUAAACAAAAUAAAGAGUAAUUUAUAAUCCUACAUUUAAUUGAUAAAUUUUACUAUCCUCACUGAAAGAGCUGAUAAUGUUUAGCUUAAAAAAUAAGCUAUUAAAAGUGAAGCAAUUAUAUUUAAAAAGCAGAAAGAUGAUAUUAAAAAUGAAAAAAAUGUUAUUGUAUAAGAAAAUAGAAAAAUCAAAUAAGAGAUAAACAUCUGGGAGGAUAAACAUCAUAAUUUAGUUAAAUGUGCUGCAGAAACUGAACCUAAGGUAGAGGCUAAUAAAGAUUUAGCUAAUGAAAGUGAUGAAAGAUUGAAUGGAUUGAAGAUCGAUUAAAAAAAAAGAAGAAGAACUAUAUUUAAAAACUUAAGGAAGAUUUAUGAUUUUAGUUAAUGAAAUCAAUUAAUUAAAAAGAGAGUGUGAUAAUUUUAGAAAUAGUAAAAAAAGAAUAAUAGAUGAACUUUAAUAAAUUAAUGAAAACAUACUCUAAAGUACGAUUUAUUUAAUAAAUUGCUAAACUUUAUUUUAUAUUUAUUGAUAAAAAGUUAAUUAAACAAUUUUAUAGUGAUUUAAAUGAACAAGUUCUUUUUUAUUAAGUAGAAUAAAAUGAAUAAAAAUUAAAGCGAUCAGAAAUUAAGAGAUUAUUAUAUUAACUGGAUAAUAGGCUUAAAGAUUUUAAAUUUUAGAGAGAAAUAUUAUUAGUAAGAGUCUAAGAUUUCGAUAGAAUUAUAGUUUAAAUAUGGAGUUAUUAUUGA